AUGUUCCGCGUCGCGAUGAUGGACACCUCAGGGUUGGACUCGGCUAGUGAUCACAGCAGCCACGCUUCCUCUGGCUCCCCAGCAGUGGCUAUGAAACCGUCGCCGUCGCCGCCGCAUCACAACAACAACCACCACCAUCAGCACCACCAGCAACAACACCAUCAGGUGCACAGCCCACGGCAAGCUAGUCCGCUGGGGCCGCCCAUGUCUAUGGGCCACCCGCUUAGCCCGCCGCCCAAUUUGGCGCGCAGCAUGGCCUUGGGGCAUCUGCCGCCGCCCGGCCUCGGGUUGCUCAACUCCUUGGGCGUAUUGCACAGCCCGCUGGACCUGAUGGCCCAUCACGGCCCGCCGCGAUCCUACAACAGCCCGCCGCCGAUUUCCACCUCUGACCCCACCGCCAACGAGUGCAAGUUAGUUGAUUAUCGCGGACAAAAAGUGGCUGCUUUUAUCAUAGCUGGGGACACGAUGUUGUGCCUUCCGCAGGCUUUCGAACUGUUCUUGAAACACUUGGUGGGCGGGCUGCAUACGGUGUAUACGAAGCUGAAGCGGUUGGACAUCGUGCCGUUGGUGUGCAACGUAGAGCAGGUCAGGAUCCUCAGAGGGCUGGGGGCUAUCCAGCCUGGGGUCAACAGAUGCAAGUUGCUGUCUUGCAAGGACUUUGAUACGUUGUUUAGGGAUUGCACAACGGCCAGAUUUAGUGUUACCAUACAAGUCAAACCACUCAAAUAUCUUGAUGAGAUUCUGGAGGACCUCAAGCAAAGGCAGACGAUCCCAAUCGGCGUUCAUUCCCAACCGACGGAGCCAGGCAUACAAAUGGGGAAUCAGUAG